GAAAUAGAUGGGCAGCAACAUCAAACCUUUGUUUAUGUACAUAUCCCCCACCAUGGACACUUGUCACUGACCCGACCCGACUGCAUCUACUCAUAGAGAGAGAAGAAAGCUUCCGUUUUUUUUGUUCAUUUCAAAGUGUGAUUUGAGGAACUGUCACUGGGGAGAGAGUGUGGGCGCCAGUGAUCAGAUGCUUUGCCGAUGGGGAAAGCCUCUCAGCAACAACUGCCAGUGGUGCGGCAGCAGCAGCAAGAAGGGGCGGCGGGUGAGCGGCGGUACGGCGGCGUUGCGGGGGUAUUUUGUUGUCGGAGGUGUUCCACGGCCAUCUCUAGAGUUUCUCGGGAGUUCAAUUUUAAAUGCGUUUUCGUCCUGAUUAUGAGCGUUGCGAUUUUCUGGGUUGCCCUAUCGUCGCUCCUGCAUAUUCGCCAUAAGAAUUAUGGGUAUGAUGCAAAAGAAUCCAUCAAAAUUAGCGCUGUUAUCCAAGCGCACUUCAUUCUGCAGAAGCCAGUCUCACAACUAGUUCAUCAUAUUGCUGAGCUAGAGUAUGAUAUCUUUGGGGAGAUAGGUGUUCCUGAUACAAAGGUUGUCAUCCUGUCCAUGCACCCGGCAAAUGUAUCUAACAUUACAAAUGUGGUAUUUGGUGUUCUUUCCAAUCCGCCAAAUGCCUCCCUUAAUCCAGUGUUCUCAAGUUUGCUGAAGUCCACAUGUGUCGAGCUUUUCCUUCAACAGUCUAAUCUGACGCUGACUAAUAUAACUUUUGGACAGCCUACAUCAUUUGAGAUUUUAAAGUUUCCUGGAGGAAUCACAUUAAUUCCGGAACAAUUGUCUCCAAUUGGGCAGAUUCCGCAAAUUCUUUUCACUUUUUCCCUCAGCAAUUCUGUUCAAGAAAUCAAAGAUAAAUACAGUGAGCUAAAGAGGCAACUAAGGGUGGGAUUGGAUCUGAUGCCAAAUGAGAUUGUGUACAUACAGGUUACAAAUGAAAAGGGGUCGACCAUUGAUCCACCACUUAUAGUUGAAGCAUCAGUUACCACAAACUUUGGGCAUCUGUCACCUCAGAGACUGAAAGAGCUGGGAGACAAGAUUAAAGCAUCCCAUGCAAAGAAUUUGGGUCUUGAUAAGGUUAUUUUUGGUAAAGUCAAGGAAGUCAAAUUAUCAGCUGCUCUGAAUGGGUCCUUUGAUGCUAUGCCCCCUGCUCCUUCUCCAUCACCAUUAUCGGCUCCAUCACCAUCCCCAUCUUUUCCUUCACCUCAAUUUGAUCCUCCAGCUCCUGCACCUAACUCUGAUAAUUCAGCACCUUGCUCUGACUGUGAUGCAUCUGCCCCUUCCCAUUUCAGUAUUGCUUAUGCCCCUAGUUCACAAGACCAGCACCGUGGUUGUUCACCUUCUGUUCCAAGUUCCUCUGGACCUUCUAUGGCACCCAGAAGUCGCCGUCGUGUUAUCUCAUCUCGUCGUAAUGUAAAUGAGAAAAUUGUGGAGUCUAUGCCACAUACAUUGCCCUUGAGCUCAGCAUCCUCUUCAUGUAAGUUGCUUCUGCAGAUUGCAGGUUGACUGUUGGUGCUAUUCUGUUAAGUAUUUUCUGAGAAUGGAUGUGCUCAUUUCAUCUUUGGAUUCUUAUAUUGAUUUGAUUUCUUAUGCUGGGUGAUUUUAAAUUGUGCUUUCUAGGGAAUUUCCUUUAUGUCAAUGUAGCUUGGUUUAUCAUUUGCACUUCAGCUUCAAAAGCUAGUGAAUAGUUAUGUCGAGAAAAAGAGUUUGUGGAAGCAUUAGUUUGAUGAUUUGCCUUCCUGAUCCUUGGACACUAUGUUUUAUGGUGCAAAUGAUGAAUCUGUACCUUCACUGAGCCAAUUUCCAUUUGUUUUCCUUUUGGGUGCAGAUAUGGCAGUAGGCAUAUUUUACAAUCUGGUGGCUCUGCUUGUUGGUCUCUUUGCAACACUCCUUUCUUGCACCUUUUAACUGACGCUUGGAUCAUAGUUAACAAAGCCUGUGAAUUUCCAGGAGCUUAAGUGGUUUAGUUGGUAGGAAGAUACACCGAAGUAUAUAUAACUAUCAAGAAGUUUGCGGUCAAAGCCACUAACGGUGGCGGGCCACUCUCGUUUACAGCACACAAUAAAAAAAAAUUACUUCCAGGUGGUGGUUCCCGCAAGGAUGAACUCCCACAAGUCACCAAGUCAAGUCACUGAUGAUGAAGAAGUUAGUACUAUUAGUGUAUUACUGUGCUGCUUUGCAAUCUUUCAAGGAGAGCCCAAUUGUAAAACUCUGCUGGCUCUACUUUGAACGUUUGCAUUUUGCAACGCGGGCUGAAACUUAUCCAAUACAAAUCUUGUACUUACUGGAAGAGUUUAUUCACUGAUAAAUCCAAGUUCACCAUCAUGAUGUGCUUCAAUUUCAUAUUUAUCUUGACAGACUUAUUAAAAGAGAAACCUAAGAAAUAUUUAGCCAAAAACAGUACAAAGUUACUGCGUUGAUGUGGAUUUAUGAGGGAAAUAUUGAUUUUUGAUUCUUGCUUUCUCAGCCGGCCGCAGAUCUUUAACGUGUCCUGACAAACAAUAGAGAUUGCAUGAAACAGUAUAUCCUGAGGGAUUUAUCACACAACUGACUGAGUCCUGUGUCGCAAAG